CGCCGCGAACGCGAAGACGGAGCCGUCAGAUUGCUCAUAUAAACUCAUUCUUUCCUAUUGGUGGGAGUGGGUGAGAGCUUCGGCGAAGAACAAUGUCGAAGAGAGGUCGCGGUGGAUCGGCCGGGAACAAGUUCCGGAUGUCACUGGGUCUGCCAGUGGCGGCGACUGUGAACUGCGCUGACAAUACCGGAGCCAAGAACCUGUACAUCAUUUCAGUGAAGGGGAUCAAGGGUCGCCUCAACCGUUUGCCUUCUGCUUGCGUGGGGGACAUGGUCAUGGCCACCGUCAAGAAGGGAAAACCUGAUCUCAGAAAGAAGGUCUUGCCUGCUGUCAUUGUUCGCCAGCGCAAACCAUGGCGCAGAAAGGAUGGCGUCUAUAUGUACUUCGAAGAUAAUGCCGGUGUCAUUGUUAAUCCCAAGGGUGAAAUGAAAGGUUCGGCCAUUACCGGUCCAAUUGGCAAGGAGUGUGCUGAUCUCUGGCCAAGAAUUGCAAGUGCUGCAAAUGCAAUUGUUUGAAUUAUGGAAGUAAUAUGACAGAUUGUAUUUUCUUGUAGGAUUUUGAAGUCAUUUGCGAGGUUUUGUUUACAUUCAAAGUUCUACGGAAAGUAAUUUAGUUGGUUUUCCUUUGUUACGUCAAUCGUUGGUAAGAAAUUAAUUGGCAGCUGAGGAGUUGUUUUUAUUGUUGCGAUCUUGUCGCCUUUCCACAGUUUAA